AUGACUGCCGCCUCUGAGGAGCUGGUUCGCAUGGUCGCCUCGGAUCCCAAGUAUGGAUACAACGUACCACCAGAGAAUGUUAUUGGCGUGACCAUGCUGCUCAAGAACGAGACUGACGGCGAGCUCACUACCGCAAGAAAACAAAUCGAGGACGACGAGUACGAUGAGCAAGCCAAUCUCGACCUGGUCAUGACUCCCUAUCUCUGGACUCCUCUCACUUGGUUCUCGGGCAAACAGGCUGCCAUCUUCGAAUACAUCGACCAGUGGAAGAUGCCAGUCUUGGUAGGCGGCGAUACGCCGACCAGUGACGGAUACAUGCUUUUCCAUGGCGUUGACACCUCCAAGGGAGGAAUUCAUCUAUGGAUUAAUCGCAGAGAGAGUUAUUUAGAGCAGAUCCAGGACAUGAUAGCUGAGAACGUUGAGGGUCAAAUGGCUGCUGGGUUGGAAGUCACUGCCGACAAAAACUGGGUCAUCGUGACCCCGGCUGAGAUUCUUGGGUCGUAG